AUCAGAGUUCGGGGAAAACCUUCGCCGGUUGUAAUCUAUUUUUUUUUUCAUUAAAAAUUUUUAUGAGAAGAUUAUUUUAAAUUGCUACAAUAUUAUUAUAAACAUUCUGAAUGUUUCGCGCAAUUCAGUGGGUAAAAUAGAGUGAAUAAAGGCCAAUUUUCUCAUUGAACGUGGAUAUUAAAACACUGAGUAUGGCUGACAUGUCUGACGAUCAGUCAACAAUUGCCCAGAAAACGUGGGAGCUGUCAAACAAUGUGGAGACGAUUUCCCAAGCUGAUGGGAUUUACAAAUAUGACAGAAAAGAGCAGCAAGAUAUUCUCGCGGCUAAACCCUGGGAGAAAGAUCCUCACUUCUUCAAAGACAUAAAGAUCUCCGCCCUCGCCCUCCUGAAGAUGGUGAUGCACGCGAGGUCGGGGGGAAGUCUCGAGGUGAUGGGUCUCCUCCUGGGAAAGGUCACAGCCAACACAAUGUUCGUCAUGGACUCGUUCGCUCUACCCGUUGAAGGCACUGAGACUCGUGUCAAUGCCCAAGCUCAGGCGUACGAGUACAUGACAGGGUACAUUGAGGCUGCCAAACAAGUUGGCAGGCAGGAGAACGCCAUCGGCUGGUACCACAGUCAUCCUGGUUAUGGCUGCUGGCUCUCGGGGAUCGAUGUCUCCACUCAAAUGCUCAAUCAGAAUUUCCAGGAGCCCUUCGUUGCCAUUGUCAUCGAUCCUGUCAGGACCAUAUCCGCUGGGAAAGUGUGUUUGGGGGCUUUCAGGACUUAUCCGAAGGGUUAUAAACCAGCGAACGAGGAGCCCUCAGAGUACCAAACGAUUCCCCUCAACAAAAUAGAAGACUUCGGAGUCCACUGCAAGCAAUACUACUCCCUGGAGGUCUCCUACUUCAAAUCAUCCUUGGACAAACGACUCCUGGACUCCCUCUGGAACAAAUACUGGGUCAAUACCUUGAGCUCCUCUAGUCUCUUAACAAACUCGGACUACACCACAGGUCAGAUCUGCGAUCUAUCCGAUAAAUUAGAACAGUCGGAGGCUGUUGUGUCCCGAGGAAACCUCGGAUUCAUUGUGGUGGGUGAGUCUCACGACCGCAAGACUGAAGAUAAACUCGUCAAAGCCACUAAAGACAGCUGCAAAACCACGAUCGAAGUCAUUCAUGGACUUAUGGCGCAAAUUAUCAAGGACAGAUUAUUCAAUCAAGUGGGAACGACUAAAAUGGAGUUGUAACAGCUUUAAUUGAGGAUUAGAUUAAUUAAAUUUUGUGAAAUGUCUCGAGGAAGAGUGAUUUUAGAAUUACACGUCAAGAGACUGUUUGCUAGUCACCCAUUUUCGAGUUGUUUGCAAAGUAAUCCGGAUGAUUCAUGGCCCUAUACGAAUUGAAUAAUGAUUAUGGAUGCUAAUUAAAUAAUGAAGAACUCAAUAAAUUUGUGGAAUAAAAAUACAUUUUAUUUUCACACCUUGAUUCACUAGAAAUUAUAUACAUUUUUUUGCUUUUU